ACUUCUUCUUUUUCGCGCGAAGCGUUCGUCCCGGAUUUACUAAAUCCACCGAUUCACGGGAUCUUAGGCCGAAAUCCGUGAAAUCCGGAUUUAUCAAAUCCGAGGCUUUAUUUUGUCCAAAACGAACGUCUGGCAAGAUUUAGGUUAAAUCCAGCUUAAAUCCUGCUCUAAAUCUGUUACCGGACAGUCCGGAGAUGUUUAGAACAUCUUAUAUUAGAAAUUCAAACAGAUAAAAUUAUUGAGGGCUAUCAUACUGCUUGAAGGCUAUUUAGAAUGAUAAAGCCCAUCGAACUUAUUGCAUGAGACUUUCAUCCAAUUUGAUUCCCCAUAGUUCUCGAAGCCCAGAAGAAGAAAGCUCAAUACUCGUUUAUUUUGUCUUCAAGUCCUUGUCCGUCUUUGCAGGAAUUUGAUUAUUUUUUCAGUCUGCACUGAAUUUCACAAUGCCCGGAGCCCCAGCAAUCAACCAGAAUGAAGCUAAAACAGGAGAAGAUCUAAACACAAAGCCAAAGAAGAAGAUUUGCUGUGCUUGCCCUGAAACUAAGAGGCUGAGAGAUGAAUGCAUCGUCGAGCAUGGCGAAUCGGCGUGCACGAAAUGGAUCGAGGCACACAAACAAUGUCUUCGUUCUGAAGGUUUCAAUGUUUAGUUAUUACUUGAGUGAUCAUGUCCAGCUUACUUUGGUCCACAAAUUACUUAUGAAGUUUUUUUUUUAACUGAUUUACAUACAUACUACUCAGUUUCU